AUGGCGGACGACCACGCCGCCGACGCCGCGCACAUGGAGGCCCCGGUGGCGCCCCCCGCGGUGCACCAAGUGGACCCCCAGCUCCACGCGCAGGCGGCCACUCUCGCGGGCAUGCCGCUCGGGCUGAUGCACGCGGACCAGAUGGCGCACAUGAUGCCCGGGAUGCACAUGCCUCAGGACGUUUCGCAGGCCCACGACGGCGGGGUGCCCGUCCAGCAAGAGCAGCAGGAAAACGCUCCGAAGCGCGGCGCGCGGGCGGGCCCGCUGCCCCACGAAGCGGCCAUGGAGCUCAUCAACCGCUGUGGCAUGGCAUCCCUGCCCGCCCGCUUCGACCGGGACGGCCCGGACGAGGGCACCUGCCUGCUGCUCGGCCGGUCGGGCUGCUUCAGCCGCGCCAGCGGACGCUUCGCGGACUCCACGCAGUCGGCCUGCGCGUCCCGCGUGUACAUCCUGUGCAAGUGCCCAGAGUGUCAGGCCUGCGACGAGCGCGUGGAGGUGAAUUCGAACGAGGGCGGGUACGCGACGGGGAUGGUGUACUCGACGCGCGGGCUGAUCGUGCACACGCUGUCGGGCAAGCUGUCGCAGCAGGCGAUCACGCAGCACAUCAAGAAGUGGAAGCGCAAGUUGCAAGUGCGCAAGAACGGCACGUGGAUGUCCGUCGAGCGCCUCGAGAAGGUCGAGGGCGCGAACCUCGGGCUCCCCGUGGACAACCACGGCACGGAGGACGGCGGGCUCAACUACCUGAGCCGCAUGAACAUGCCGGGCAUGGGCAUGAACAUGCCCGGGAUGGGCGGGCAGGACGGCGCGGGCGGGAUGCCCUUCCCGUUCCUCGGCGGGCUCCAGUGGCCCGCGUACCCGGGCCUCGGGGCCUUCGGCAUGGGCCAGUUCGCCCCGCCCGGCAUGAAGGGCAAGGGCGGCGGGAUGGGGGGUCUCCCGGGGAUGUCCAUGUCGAUGGGCAUGAUGGGCGCGAUGAACCCGGGCAUGAUGAUGGGCUUCGGCGGGAUGCCCGGCAUGGGCGGCAUGCCCGGCAUGGGCGGGAUGCCGCGCAUGCCCGGGAUGUCGGGGCCCAUGAUGGGCCUGGGCCUGGACGCGGGCGCGCUGGGGAUGCCGCCGGCGGGCGGCGCGGACGGCGGCGCGGGGCACGGCGACGGCGGCGGCGGCGGCGGGCACGCGAACGGCGAGGACGCGGGGAGCCGCAAGCGGCGCCGCGAGGAGCUGGAGGGCGAGGAGGCGCAGCUGCAGGAGAAGGUGAAGCAGCUGUGUGCGCGGCAGGAGGGGAACCAGGGCGACGCGCAGCUGGCGGCGGAGGUGGACGCGGCGCGCGCGGCGCUGCAGACCACGCAGGCGCAGAAGGAGGAGCUCGAGGCCAAGGAGCGGGAGGCGGCGGCGGGGGAGUCGGACGCGCGGCUCCUGGAGAACCUGCGGAACAGCGCGCCCGACCAGGGGGCCGCCGCGGCGAACCCGUUCGCGGGGGGGCUCCCGGGGUUCCCGGGCUUCAUGGGCAUGGGCGGGCUGCCCGGGAUGAGCGGCGCCAUGGGGUCGGAGGCGCUCGCAGCCGCCGCCGCGCAGCAGUCGGCGGCGCUCGGGGGGCUCCUGAACAACAUGCAGGGCAUGAUGCCGAUGCCGAACAUGUCGAUGCCCAUGGCCGGCAACGGCGGGGCGGCCGCGGCGGCCGCCGGCGCGCUCGAGGCGAUGGGCGGCGCGGUGAAGCACGAGGGCGCGGCGGAGGGGGUUCCGCCACCCGAGGCCGAACAGAAGCCAGCUGUCGAGGAGCAGCCGCCGCAGGACCAGGAGGCCGCGCCAGCCGCACCAGCUGCGCCAGCUGAGGCCGCGCCUGCGCCGGCUCAACAGGCGCCUGCGCCGGCCGAACAGGCGGCUGCGCCCGCCGAGCAGGCGCCUGCGCCAGCCGAGCAGGUGGCUGCGGAGGCGCCUGCGGAGGCGCCCGCUCAGGCGCCCGUGGAGGCGGCGGAGGGCGACGGUGGGCCGGGGGCCGCCGAUGCGCAGGGCGCGGCCGACCUGGCCGGACUGGCGGCGAGCGCGGCUGCGCAGGGUUGA